AGGCAACUAGAACAAACCUAAUGGCUGAUCAGCUUAAAUUCACUACUUGAUACGCGUACCAAGUGCUCGGUGUAAACUAGUAGUAUAUGGAUAGCAUUCUCUUUAGACAUAACCCAUAAUAACUGUUCUAUAAAAGUAAUGCCGAAACAACAUAAUUACACGAAGUAGGCUGAAAACACGUUAAACAUACCUUCCUCCCCUGCUCCGUAAAAAAACCUUUAAAAGUAAAUAAGACGUGUAUUGUUAAAAAUUAUUAUGUCACUUGUACGUCGAGGACAGCAUUGGGGAACAUUUGCUCGUAUUUGGCAUAUAUAUAAUGCAAAAUGGCAAGAUCCAUACAAAAGUGCUGAAGUAAUAAAAUAUUAUCUUAUGGGAUUGUAUAAACCAAUAUAUCAUCCACUGAAUAUGCUCAUUGGGAUUAAGGUCUGGGCUCAUAGGAGGAUGAGGCAGAAUGGUAAUCCUGUUUUCUCAGAGGAAUUGUCGGACAAUUGCGGCGAUCAUGUGGUAGUAAUAAAUAGCAAAGAAAUUGCCUUACGCGGAGAUGAGUGGCGAAAACGUGUAUACUUUCAUCAUAAUACAUAUCACGGAGGUGCGACUUGGACUCUUGCAUGGGAAUUACAUCAUAAAGAUCCAACUUUGAUUGUAGAAAAAGCUGUAUACAGAGCACUACCAAAAAAUUUACAACGGAGGUACACUAUGCAAAGAUUGCAUAUAUUUCCGGAUGAAAAGAUACCUGAAGACAUAUUGAAAAAUAUUAGUAAUCAAAUCAAACAGCUAAGGGCUGUCCCUAUUCGAUUAAAUCGUAUUCCACAAAAGGAAGUGGACAAUUUCCCGCAACUUUUAAAAUAUCCCGAAAAUUAUAUUUUUAAAUAAUAGAUUCAAUAAAUAGUAAUUCAAAAUAAUAAUA